UCCCCGAACCUCGGCGGCGCUGCGGCCGCGCCCGGACCGGGACCGCGGUCGGGACCGGCGGGUGCGGACGGUGAGCGCGGCCGUCCGGCAGCGCCUGUCCUGCUCCGGCCCGGCCUCCAGCUAAGCCUGGAAAACCUUAGCCAAAAGACAGCAAACCACAGGGAAGUGGAGACGUGUGUGAUGACUGAGCUUGCCCUAAAAGAAAUCAUGUCAUCAGGGGGAGCUGAAGAUGAUAUUCCUCAAGCAGAGAGAAAAACGGUGACAGACUUUUGCUACUUAUUGGAUAAAUCUAAGCAGCUCUUCAAUGGCUUAAGGGAUUUACCUCAGUAUGGGCAGAAGCAGUGGCAAUCCUAUUUUGGGCGAACAUUUGAUGUUUACACCAAACUCUGGAAGUUCCAACAGCAGCACCGACAAGUAUUGGACAAUCGGUAUGGGUUGAAGAGGUGGCAAAUUGGGGAAAUUGCUUCCAAGAUUGGGCAGCUCUAUUACCAUUAUUACCUGCGCACCUCUGAAACCAGCUAUCUCAACGAGGCUUUCUCCUUCUACUCAGCAAUUAGGCAGAGGUCGUACUACUCCCAAGUCAACAAAGAAGACAGGCCCGAAUUAGUGGUUAAGAAGCUGCGUUACUAUGCAAGGUUUAUUGUGGUUUGUCUCCUGCUCAACAAGAUGGAUGUUGUAAAGGAUCUUGUAAAGGAGCUGUCAGACGAAAUUGAAGACUACACGCAUCGUUUCAAUACUGAAGAUCAGGUGGAGUGGAACCUGGUUCUUCAGGAAGUGGCAGCAUUUAUUGAGGCAGACCCUGUCAUGGUUUUAAAUGAUGACAACACCAUUGUAAUCACCUCCAACAGGCUUUCUGAGACGGGAGCUCCAUUGCUGGAGCAGGGGAUGAUAGUGGGACAACUUGCUCUUGCAGAUGCACUCAUUAUUGGGAACUGCAACAACCAGGUCAAGUUCAGUGAGUUAACAAUUGACAUGUUCCGAAUGCUGCAAGCCCUGGAACGGGAACCCAUGAACUUGGCAUCACAAAUGAACAAACCUGGAAUGCAGGAGUCAACAGAGAAACCAGCCAGGCGGGAGAACCCUCAUAAAUACCUACUUUAUAAACCAACUUUUAGCCAGCUGUAUACAUUUUUAGCAGCAUCAUUUAAGGAGCUGCCUGCCAACAGCGUGCUGCUGAUUUACCUGUCUGCCACGGGCGUGUUCCCAUCAGGUCGUUCGGAUAGUGAAGGUCCGUACGAUUUCGGGGGUGUGCUGACCAACAGCAACCGGGACAUCAUCAACGGCGACGCCAUCCACAAACGCAACCAGUCCUACAAGGAGAUGCACUGCCUUCACCCUGGAGAUCUCUACCCUUUCACCAGAAAGCCCCUGUUCAUCAUCGUGGAUUCUUCCAACAGCGUCGCCUACAAGAAUUUCACAAACUUAUUUGGACAGCCAUUGGUGUGCUUGCUUUCUCCAACAGCAUAUCCAAAAGCAUUACAAGAUCAGUCUCAGCGGGGUAGCCUCUUCACACUCUUUCUGAACAAUCCGUUAAUGGCAUUCCUGUUUGUCUCUGGAUUGUCAAGCAUGCGCCGAGGGUUGUGGGAGAAGUGUCAGGAUUACCUCAGAAAAAUCAACCGGGACAUUGCCCAGCUGCUGACCCACUCCAGAUCCAUAGACCAGUCCUUUCUGCAGUUUUUUGGGGAUGAAUUUCUUCGCUUGCUUCUCACAAGAUUUAUCUUCUGUUCGGCUACUAUGAGGAUGCACAAAAUCUUCCGGCAGGAGACUCGAAAUUACCCCGAAUCUUAUCCUCAGCUGCCAAGAGAUGAAACGGUGGAGAACCCUCACCUCCAAAAGCACAUUUUGGAGCUGGCUUCCAUACUGGAUGUUAGGAAUGUUUUCCUGGAAAACACACUCGAUGACUAUUAAAAGAAACUGUCUUACUGCAAGGGGAUUCCCUGGCCACAGAUUUUGAAUGGUGCAGUUUUAUAAUGUGAAAAUCAUAAAAGGAAGUACUUGAUUUUAUUUUUAAAUUUAGGACCAUUAUUUUAAAAAGUAAUAAUAAACAGCUGUUAGUUGAGCUGUUCCAUUCUGUAUGGGGUCAAUUUUAUAAGCAGAAGUUUUCAUGUCUUUUAAAUGUUAAACUAAAGAAUCACUAGAGGUUUAUUUCUGGUCUUGUGGCUGUCAACCACAUUUCCAACAGCUGAUCCUAAGCAUAGAGGUGUUAUUGGUUACCUUUAGCCCAUAUUUGUGGAAAUCCUUUAUUUUUAUACAAUUUUAAGAAAUUGGAAAGGAAAAAAAUCAACAGAAAAAAAUCAAUAUUUUAUCCCCAAAGAGUUUGGAUUUGAAAUGGUAAAGAUGGAACCACACAGUGCAAACCAACAAUAGCAAUAACACAGAUUCCUUCAUAACAAAUAUAUUUUUUCAGUCUUAGGCAAGUGAGGAGACAAAACUGUGGACAAUUAAGUUGCAUUUGGAGCAGUGCUUUGAAGUGAAUUUGUAAAGAUACUUAAUGCUCCCUACAAGCUUGACGCAGCAGUUUUCUGUAUGAACUUUGUACUGCUGGCCAAGGACCUGGUUGGGCAGGUGGUCAACAGGUGAACAAACUGCAAACCCUGAAAGUUGGCCCCCACCUCUCACUGUCGUGUGGGGCAUCCUGCCACAGGAGGAGAGGGCAUUCUUCGUUUUGAGGUACUAUUUAGAAAUCCCAGCAUUUCCAGCAGGUGUUAGCCCUCCUUUCAGCGUGUAGAUGGAAUGUGUGGCUCCCACAGCAUGACCACUCCCUGACAGGAGCUGACAGGGUGUCCUGUCCAGUGCCCUAGCAGCCUCUCCUGUCACCCGUGUGCCCGACCCCGCUGUGCCACAGCCCCGUGCCCCAGGAGCGGUGCUGAUGUUCCCCUUGCAGGUGAAACCAAGUGGGAGCUGCCAUAACCCCUGGAUGUUUUGCAUGUCCCCCCCAUGGCCCAGUCGUGCCCUGCAAGCAGGAGCAGCGAGGCGCUCCCCGGCCCAAGGGCUCAGCGUGGGUACCUGCAGGAGGACAGUGGCCUUUGGAGGAGGCUCCUGUGGCUGCUGGGAGGAGCUGGCUGGCUCAUUUGGGACUGCACUGCCUGCCCUGCAGAGAGAGAGGAGCUCCUGGCAGCGCAGGGUGAGCAAGGAUGAGGGAAUGGAGAUACUUUAUCUAAUGGAAAAGCCAAUUGUCACUGGUCCAUAGGCUGCUAGAAAAGAAGUGAGAGGACAAGUCCAACUCGUGCAUUUUGUUGAACCCCAGCCAUGCCUCUGUGCUUAGGUGGAAAGAGUGCAGAACUUGGUGGCUGCUGUAGUGUCACAGCAAUCCUGGGUGCAGAGCAUCACCCAGGGUGUGAUCUGGUCAGCCAGAACAGCUUUGGUGGGUCCAUUCUGCUGAGGGAGCAGAGUGGAACAGCAGGAACGGCUGCAGUGUAGCUGGGGAGUUUGCAUGAAGGUUCUUUGUAGCUGGGCUGAAGCUUGCACCAUCCAUUCUUUAUUUCCCAAAUGUACAAAAUCCUGUGAAUGCUUGUGUUUGUCCUAAGCAGUCUUGAAGCUGGUACAUUGAGACCCCCCCUUGGUGCUGCUCUUUGGACUCUGGCAGGACUUCAUUUCCCGGGCUGUGGAGUCUGUUCUAACGAGUGUGUGUUCGUGUGUGUGCAUGUGUGUGCUCGGCGUUUGUGUGUGUAUGUACAGUACACAUACAUCUACUGGCUGGUGUAAAUUGUAAAUAUGUAUAUAUGUAUAGGUACUUGUAUAUGUAUUAAAAAGAAUGAACCACUACAAUGUCUAGAUACAAAAUUUAUAUAUACACACAUACGCCAUGUUGGGUGUAUUCCACAAGGUGCUGCAGAUCAUUUGUGGUUGUACUAAAGGUUAUGGCUCUUCUUCCACUGUAAUUUGCUGUUUCCAGGGACUUACCCUUGGACCUUGAAGUAACUGAUAACUGAUUCCAGGUACAGGAGCCUGUAGUUAGCCAGGGGAAUGGGUACCCCUGUGUGUAUUACAGUGAUAAGAUCCAUGUAUUUACUGUGAAGCUGAUCCCUGCCUUUCUGCCUGGUAGGAGGUUCCCAGUUGUGAAAACGUGGGAAUGUAUGUGGAGGCUAAAGAUGCAGGAAGCCUUUAAUGCAGCAGCCAGAGGCAGGUUAUCUUUGCCCUGCCUGCUGUUCCUCUACCAGCAGUGUUCAGCUUGCAUGGAAAAAGGGAAUUGAGUUUUCCCCAGCUCACUACCUUCCAACCAAAUGCUUUUGCUUUGCUUUAGCUUUUGCUUUGAUGAAGCUAUUCUUAUUUUGUUUACAUCUCCGUGGAAAAGAAAAAAGUAUGCUGUUUCCAAGCAUAGGAUUGAUGAUGAUGAUGAUUCCAGUUGUGUGGGCUGGUGAACCUCUGGGACAUUGCUUGUCAACUGGCUGGGAAAGCUUUGGUGGUCCCCACCUUCGUUUAGCCAGGCUGAUGUGACCUGAGAGGCUUCUAUCAUUUGCAGCCCUUCAAGGAAGUUCUGUUUGCUUUUUGCCAAGGCAGAUUUCAUCAGAGAAGAAUGCACUUUUUAAAACACAAAAUGCCCUGAAGAACCUGGAAUGUAGGAGGAGAAUAUAGGCCUUGAAAAUUAGUUCAGAAGUUGAAUUUAGCAGCAAUGACUAUCCAAGUCAAAAAUUAAUUCUUGAGGUUCCUAAUUCUCCUCUUACCUGCUGAUCUGUGUUAGAAGGUCCAGGGCUGGGAUGUUCAAAGAUAAAGAUUUCACUCCUGUUGUGUUGGGAGGAGUAUGGAAUCAUACUGUGGAAGCAGAGGGUUCAUACCCUCUGUUUGCUCUAGCUGUAGCUAGGAUGAGUGUCUGGUCUUGGAUUUUGAGCCAGCCCCUUCUUUCCCACCCAAAGAACUGCAUUCAAGAUGAAAAUGUUGAUAUUUUCCCCUCCAAGUAAAAGCUUGUCUUGUUUGAGCUAAGUCAUUCUAAACUUGUGCUACUGUGUGCUCUGUGCUAUGGUCGUAGGUACCUCUCGGUGUAUGCUUGUGUGUACUGAAGAAAAUCUGGUUUCUGUAUCUCGCAGUCCUCAGUGUGGAAGCGAAGCAAAGACUGAACCAUUUUUAAGUGAGAAGAGAACAAAUCCUUUUCUUCUCAGGCCUGAUGCCUUCCCUCUUGUCUCGCUCUCCCUUUCUCCAUGUAUCUUUAUUGCUUAUAUUAGCGGAGAAGACUUGCCAGCACCAGGCAAUGCCAAAUUAAAGGGGUAAAUUCUGCAUGUAAUACAUUGAGAGGACAAGGUGAACUGGACCAGCUGUGUCCUUACAGGACUGCUCCUGCCUGGCUCCCUACUCCCUGCAUGUGGUGUGCUCAGAUGAAUCCUGCUCCCACAGUAGUUUGUGCUCCUGCUCAGACUGGCUUGGAACAUCUCGCCAAAGUUACUGCUGUUGCCUUUUCCCCCCCUUUGACUUCUCAAAGUAACAGUGAUAGGGCAAUGCAGGGUUAUGAGUCUUUAAUGCUCUGGUUUUUAAUUCCUCUUGGGAUGUGAUGUGUCAUUUUGCUUUGUGCACCAGCUACAUGGAGCACUAACUUCCAUGAGCUGUGCAAACAGGACUUGCUCCCUGGAGUGCAUUCUUGAGAAGUUUCAGGACCUUUCUUUGAGUAGUUCAUCAAAAUGUCUGUCAAGCCAUAACUGACUAAAGCCGUCAAGACUGUUCCCCAGGGAGAUGUGCAGAGAUGUCUUUAAAGGAUCAUAGGGAAUAGAUGGGGGCCACAGGAAAUUUGGCUUCAAUCAAUCAUCUUCAAAAGCUACAGUUUGAGUAGCUCUGGUCAGGCUUGUCCCCUAAGGAUGGGAUGGAAGUGCUGUUCCACAGCCCAUCCCUGGCAUGAGUUAGGAAGCACCUCCCUGCCUCACCACCUCCCGUGUCCUGUAACCAUGCUGUGCUGCAAGUCUGCUCCUCCCAAAGCUAAAAAUCUUGGAAUCUGUCUCAACAGCUGUUUUGUCUUGAGGGUUUUGUGUAAAAGCUUUACGUGUGUUCAAUUCCUCGCCAACUGUCCAAGUGCAGCUCGGUGGUGCAGCAGCAGCCGAGCUCACUCAGUCUUGGUGGUGUUGGUAGCUGGUCUGUGGUGGCUGUGGCUGCUCCUGGGGCUGAGGGAGCUCUGUUCUCUGAACAAGGGAGAAAAUUUAAUACUGAGAGCUUGAAACUGCUCUGUGCACCUUGUAAGGUCAGACUGGACACAGCAGCCAGAGCAAAGCUUUCCAGAGCAGAUUAUACACUCCUGAAGGGCCUCUCUUGUAUUUGUAACACCAGACUUUUAGAGCAAUACUGUGACCAAAUGUAUUCAGGUGCUUUGAAGAUCCAUAGAGAUCUGCUCAAUGGAGCAGAGGACACAUCUAACUGCUUUAGAUUUAGCAGUGACAGUCUGCCACUUCUUGUUUUCCUGUCCUAAACAAUUACUAUGCCAAGACUGAGGAGAGUUAGUUCAGGAUUUCUGAAUCUGACAUUUUUUGGGGUUAAAGACUGUCUCUGAAUUCUGCCCAGAUGCACGCAUAGAUGUUCUGAUCCUGAUUUCAUUCCCGUUGUGAGCAGACCCCAGCACAGCUUGCUGGCCUGCAGGAGCCCCAGAGCAGAAUAGUCCCAGCAGCUGCCCCUUCCAGAAUAAACCCUGCUGGGAGGAUCUGCCCCCUUGCCUUCACAGGUCGCUUUCGGCACGUGUUUGUUAUUCUGCCAUUGAACUGCUUUGUUGGGAGCAGGAUUCUGCCUCAUGCAGGCUGAAAAGCACAAGUUGGGUCUGGCCCGGGCAAGGCCCAGCGAGAGGGAUGAGGGGAGCGUUCGGGAGCGUUUGGGAAUGCAGAGGGACCGUGCCUCGGGCAGCCCGGCCGCAGAGGGACAGGGAGCCUUUUGCCUCUCCGAGAAUCAAAUUAUUUAUUACCAAAAGUAAUUUUAUAGUGAAUUGGUUUAAAGUUAUUUUACAGCUGUGUGCCUGUAUAUCGUAUUUUGGUAAAAACGGAUAUUUUCCUUAAAAUAUAUAGAGAUAUAUAAAUAAACUUUUUUUGGAGCAAAUGGACUUUUUUGCAAGGGAUCUGUAAUCGCCAAAGCAGUGUGAUGCCAGAAGCGGCUCAGCCGUUGUUGGGGAAGAAGCGUGUUUGUGUUUGUGCUGGACACUGCGGGGAGAAGCGAAAGCCGCGAUGGAACCGGGCCCUGCCGCUGUCCCCGCCGGAGCGACACACCCGCGCCGGGCGGGUCCACAGACCGAGCGCCAGCCCCGCGUCCUGCUCGUCACCGCCUUUCCAGCCUUUCCAGAGACUUUGGAGCAGAUUUCCGUUCGCUUUUGUCCCCGCCGCGCCGGGGCCGCUCCCGCCCGGUGUUCGCGGUUGUGCCGUGUCCGAGCCGUUCGCUGUCCCUGUCCCGGCCGCCGCCGCCCCGGCCCCGCCGGCGGAUUGUGCUGUCAAUAAACUGUGGUAAACGCUCGUA